AUGGCAACGAUUCUCUGUCAGCACCGUUCUUUGAAGUUCGAAGCUAUUGUUGCUUCUUUUUGUACCCUCAUCGCUUUAGUACACAUAUUAGCGGUACAAUCUUCCCCUAUACCAGAGGAUAGCAGCACUUUUCAGAAACCACAUUUUCAGGUAUUAUAAGGUAUAUUCUUUAGUAGGUACCAAUCAGUUUAAAUUGGCGAAAACGCGCGGGCGGGCUGGGUCGUGGAAGGGCCGUGGGAAAAUUCGCAGUUUUUUAUUUUUGUUUUUACUUUUUAAAACUGAAUUUUGAAACCUUGUUACUGAAUCAGCCUCAUUUUUUUACGUUGUCAUAUUAAAAGACCUUAGACUUUAACAUAGCCCUUUUUACAAGCAAAAUUUGACAGGUAAGGGUUGGGAUUGUCACGCUUCGGCUGUCUUUGUCAGUUUGUUAUUUCUUUGGGGAGAAAAAGGAUGGCGCAGUGGUGACAGGACUUUCGGUCAGGGUACACAUCCCGGCGUCGACGCCAUAUGUGAGUUGAGUUUGUUGUUGGUCACGCUGUCCCUUGCUCCGAGAGGUUUCUCUCCGGGUACUCCGAUUUCUCUCCUAAAAAACCAUGAACAUUUCCAAAUUCAGGAAUGGUAGACGAAGAACAACUAUGGGGAUGGGCUACCUCUACCUCUACCUCUGGCCGGCCGGAUUAUGACCAAACCAGUCAUUUUGACAAUCAAAUGGCGUUUUUCCACGGUUUUUUUUAUGAAAACCCAUCUCCUUCCUACAUACUAUUUAAGAUUUGAUUGAUCUGACUGGAUAGUUUUGAUUAAAAGUGAGAUUCUCAUUGCAAAGGAAAUGGACUGGCCAGUUAGUUCUGACAAAUGGAAAGCGCCCUUAACUUGUUUCCUUGAUUUUAAAGGGAACCUCCACUCUUACUACAGAAUAAGUUUAAAUCGAAUAAAAUUAUGUUGAUAAACAAAUUUGUUCGAAAUUUGUCCUUAAAAAAAGUGUUUAUAUCAGGAAAAGUGAAUUUUAAAAUCGCUUAUUUUCACUUUCAAAUUUCGCGGGCGCCGCCAUCUUGAAUAAUUGUGACGUGUUACGGUUGCUCUAUUGUUCUGACACAAAGAGCUUUUGUUUAAUAACAAUAGGGCAACCGUAACACUUCACAAUUAUUCAAGAUGGCGACGCCCGCAAAAUUUGAAAACAAAAAUAGGCGAAUCUAAAAGUUAUUUCUUUCGGAUAAAAACGCUUUCUUUAAAAAUAUUUUAGAUUGACUUGACUGUAACAGUUAUUUCCUGUGAUUUAAAGUUAUCUUUUUGUUGAAGUGGAGGUUCCCUUUAAUGGAGUAAAAAAUGGCCAUGAUUUCUUUUACAGACCGUUUCCGCAUUCAUGUGAACAAAGGCACCAACUCGAGGCACUGGUGGACAAAAUACAGUGAGUUGUAUGAAAUUGUCCACCCGAGCCUCGACCUCAUUUCUUUGUGUUUGCUCACCGGAGUGUAAUGCGGGAAAGGUGUAUUGGCAACUGAUUUUGUCAGUCGCCGUUUGCCCCCCUGGAAACCAUCCCACCAAUCCUUACUCGGCCCUUGCAAAGAUGACGGGUGUAGUGUGAGAAAGGUCUUUUUAAAGAUGAUGUCAUCAUAUCUGCAGCCUGGAUAAGUAGGAGAUGCUCAUGGGUUUAGUCACGAUAUGCCCCUUGCUAAGUAGCCUGAGAAAUCAUCCGUUAUUUCGCUGUCUUCCACUGGUUUCCCCGCGAAACGACGUCCGAGGAACGAGCGCAGAAAUUGCAUACUUACAUGACGUGUCACUAGCCAGAUCUGGAAAGUGCUUCUGAUUGGUCCUGCUGCUAGGGAAAUUUGCCUCAACCUAUCAGAAGCGCAACUAAGAUAUGGGAAGACACACUUCAUCGAAUCAGUAUGGAAUUCCUGCAGCUUCCUGCAAUCGUUCCGUCGCGAAAUGUAGGCUAUUUUCUCAGGCUACUGGCUUAGAAGAGUUAUGGAUCUAACGAAAAAUGUUUCCUUGUUAGGCCCGUAAGAAUAUAAAAAAUUUUUUGUCAGGUAGAACACAAAGCCGGUGUAUUAUCAAUCACAGCUACAAAGGAUAAAGCAGACGUGGACGUGAAAUCGGACACAAUUCGUCUACUCGUAAAACCAGGAGAUAAACAAUACCCUGUUGGUCAAGAACCGGAAGUAAAGACAGUUCAUGUGGAACACAACUGCUGCCUUCCACAAAUUUCUCCACUCUUUGGUUAG